CAGCUUCUGCUCCGUUACUGAAGUAUUAACACAGGCUGACCGGAUACCUGUCAGCGUUGGAGUUACUUGAUUCGCUUUAGCCACAGUGUUGGGUGGUUUCUGAACUAUGGCUUCCGCUUCGCACAGCCAGAGAAACCCAAACGGAACGUACACUUUCUCAAGUCGCCCCAGACCUGUUGAUAACCGCUCCAAAUACAGGGAGCCUGCGGAUGAACUAGCCCAGCGCAAUCAUGGAAACAUCAUGUAUGACCGUCGUGUUGUCAGAGGAAAUACUUACGCCCAGCACAUCAUACCUAGUUCCGCUCAACCCGACCCCUCUGAGAUACAAAAACAAGAAGCAAUCAGAAAGAGAGCCAUGGCUCGCAAACGGGCCAGGGAGCGGUCCAGACCCAAGACCCCGGAAGCCCUGCAGGGUAGACAACACAUUGAUGUGCAAACGGAUCUUUACCUUGAAGAACUCAGUGAUGUAAUUGUAGCUACAGACAUUGAGUGUCAGACUGAUGAAUUCCUGGACAGACCGGCCACUCCGCUCUUCAUUCCCGUCAAAUCUGGCAAAGAUGCUGAAACGCAAAUAGAGGAAGGAGAGUUGUUCGACUUUGACAUGGAGGUGCAGCCAAUAUUGGAGGUCUUGGUGGGGAAGAUAGUGGAGCAGUCACUGCUGGAGGUGAUGGAGGAAGAGGAGUUGGCCUGUCUGAGAGCCCAGCAGAGGGCCUUCGAAGAGCUCCGCAAUAAUGAGCUUGCAGAGGUUCAGCGGCUUCAGGAGCAGGAAAGACGCCGCAAUGAGGAGAAAGAGCGUAGAAUUGCCCAGCAAAAGCAGAUGCUGAAGAGAGAGAAGGAGGCGGUGGAGAAGAUCGCGGCCCGAGCGUACACCCGGCAGUACUUGGCCGGACUCCUGCCGGCUGUCUUCACUUCAAUGAGGAGCCAUGGCUUCUUUUAUGACCCCGUGGAGAAAGAUAUUGAGACUAACUUCAUCCCAUGGCUCAUGGCUGAGGUUAACAACAGUUUGGAGAAGAGAUACGCAGCUCGAGAGCUGCUGGACACUCUCAUCCUGGAAGUCACCCAGAAAAGGCUGGAGGAGUUCAAAAUGCUCGAGACACAACCAGACAGAUCCGACUCAUGAAGAGAUGCACAGAAAUAAAGGAUCUCUGA